AUGUCUUCGCUUAAUAACAACUUUUUGGACGAUAAAAAUUUGUUUUCCGGGGAAACUGCAUUGAAAACCUGUCUUCAGUAUAAGGAGCUCGAGGACAAGCGCAUAACGUUCAAAUAUCAGGACAAAAUUCUCCAAUUAAUCGCAGACGGUGCGGCUGGGCCUUCUCCUAUUCUUUGGGCGUGGAGACAGAGCGAACUCAAUCUCGCAGACUAUCUCAUCGAUCACCAGACUUGUUACUUAGAUCGCUGUGAUGAGCGUGGGCUAAGCCCUCUAUUGUAUGCAGCCAAUAAAGGUGAUCUAAAGCUUGUGAAAAGGCUUCAUGCCUCGGGUGCUGAUCUUGAACCAAUGACAAAAGCAAUAUCUGGUACCUUGUCGCUUCCGCACUCAUUAACCGAUGAGCAAAUCGGCUUUCUCGUCGAUAACUACCAUACUGUUUGCAAUAGGAAGGGAGUAUCGCCUCUCUUACCUGCCUUUCAAAAUAAAGGCUAUCCAAUUGUGCCAGAGUUGCUGAAUUUGAAAGUUAAUCCAAAAUUGACUACUGAGGCAGGCCUACGGCCCCUGUCACAUGCAGUACGCACGCGACAGAUGACAGUAAUCGAGGCUUUGUUGUCGCAUCAAAGCCCUCCCCUUACAGCCCUCGAUCUCGAGAACGCAUUGGACGAAGCCAAAGGACAUCAGAAUCUCACACUGAUUCUGAAAGGCUAUCUCAGAAGAGCACAGAUAAAUUCAUAG